AAUGACUCCGGAAGUGACGACUUAUAUCCUUUCCAGAUCGAGGUCGGCAAGAUGGCGGCGGACACGCAGGGGCAGGUUUCAGACACACUGAAGAGAUUCGCUGUGAAAGUCACGUCGUCCAGCGUUAAAGAGCGCAAAGAAAUUCUUCAAGAACUGAAGGACUGUGUGAGAGGAAAGGAUCUUCCUGAGCCAGCCAUUAAAGGACUGUGCAAGCUCUUCUAUCUCACUCUGCACAGAUACAGGGAUGCUGCGUCUCGGCGAGCUUUGCUCUCGGUCAUCGAGGUGCUCGUCCAAUCGCAGCCUGAUGCCAUUGCGACCAACCUCCCUCCCGGUCUGCUGAGCUGCGGGGUGGUCAGCAGGGGCGUGAUGCCCGGGAAGAGCACGGCUUCAGGAGCCUGCUGCGCCCUGCCCUGGACCUGCUUGAUCGUUCAGACCGUCUUCCCCUCCGCAGACAGGAGAGAAGGUGAAAAAUGGAAGAAACUGGUUGAGGUUCAGAGUUUGCUGCUGGCGGAGGUGGUGGGCGGAGCCUCAGGGAAUGCUCUCAAGUCAAUCAGCAAAUGCUUUAACAAGCUGUGGAAGGAGAACCCGGGUCUGGUGGAUCAGUACAUGAGCACUCUGCUGAGUUUGGAUCAGAGCUGUGUGUCUGUGCCGCUGCUGGGCUUGUGUGUGGAUUUCUGCACAGCGCACAAAGACAUCACCACUAUCAACAAACACAAGGCGGCUCUCUUGGACCUGUACGUGAAGACGGUUCUCAUGAGUAAGACCAGACCGCAUCAGCACAUCCUGGAUAAGAGCGGCUCGAUGCUUCGCCACAUGUCUCACACAGAGUUUAAGGAGCAGCUGCUGCCCUCGUUACAGAAAGCUCUGCUGCGCAGCCCAGAGAACUCCAUGCCGACGAUCUCCUGCAUGCUGGCAUCUCUCACUCUUGAUCUGAGUCCGUACGCGCUGGACAUCGGGAAGGGCAUCUCCAGUCAGCUGAAGGCCAAUAACCCAGAGCUCAUGGAGCAGGCGGUGACGGCCCUCCAGAAUCUGGCCCAGCAGUGCAGCGACCCCAGCGCCGUCCAGGACCUCGUCAAACACCUCUUCGGCAUCCUCGGAGGCUCAGAGGGGAAGCUCACUGUUGUGGCCCAGAAGAUGAGCGUUCUGUCAGUCCAUGAGGGGACGCUGGUGCAUGCGGUGUGUGUUUUAUCUCAGUGGACGAGCCGUUUGACGGUGGACGUGACCUCAGAGUUGAGAGAAUGGUUUAAAAAAGCCUUCACCCUCAAGACCUCCACGUCCCUUGUGCGUCACGCGUAUCUCCAGGCCAUGAUCGGAGCUUUCAAAGGCGACGCUCUCAAUCAGGCGGUGGACUUCCUGCCUCUCCUCAUCCAGACUGUGGAGAAAGCUGCUGCCCAGAAUACCCAGCAUGCUCUGCUGUCUGAAGGCGUGGCCGCCUCUGUGCUGCUCUGUCGGCUGUCUGUGCUGGACUCUGUGCCCGAAGCGAAGCUGGCGUCCUUCUGGAACCUGAUACUGGAUGAAAAGAAACCUCUGUUCACUACCGAGAAGUUCCUCUCUCAGGCCAGCGAAGAAGCUCUGUGCACCGUCCUGCUGCUGUGUGAAAGACUGUUCCUGGAUCAGCCACAAAGACUCAACAACAGCAAGUCUCAGAUGUACCAUCAGGCCACAGUGAUGGCGCUGCUGUCCCGUCUGUGGCGUGUGCGUAAGCGUGCUCAGCAGGCCGUGAAGAAACUCCUGUCCUCACUGGGCGGCUCCAGUCUGGCCCACGGCCUUCUGGGAGAACUGCGUGUCGUCAUCAACAAACACAAGAUUCUGCCGUCAGAUGUCGUUUAUAUGGAGACGGGCGAGCUUACAGAGAUCGGCCGCUCUUAUGUCGCCCCGCGGAUCCUGCUGGACGCUCUGAGCGUGAUCUGCUCUGUGGCGGCCCAGUGGAACGACCCGGCGGAGACUGAGAAACUGGCCCUGGAUAUUCUCAUCGUUAUCCAUCAUCCGUCCAUCGUGGCCGUCAGGUCUGAGAUGUGGCCUUCUCUGCUCUCCACGAUGAAGCUGGACGCUGCUGAAUUCAUCGACAAACACCUGGAGAUGAUUCUGCCUCGCCUGCUAGAAGCCAACACAGACAAUCAGGCCGUUCAGAAUGCUGUCGGUUCUCUGUCGCUUCUGUCUCCCACCAGACUGCUGCCGCGUGUCAUGGAUCACGUGACCCAGCGCUUGUCCAAUCCGGCGCUGAGGCAGGUGACGUGUCAGGAGUAUGCCAUCAUGCAAACGCCGGAGGGAGAACUUUACGACAGGAGCAUCAUUAUGAGCGCUCAGCAGGAGAGCACAAAGAAGGGCAACAUGAAAAGAGAGAAUAAGGCGUAUUCCUUCAAAGAGCAGAUCAUUGAACUGGAGCUUCAAGAGGAGAUCAAGAAGAAGAAAGGCAUCAAAGAGGAGAUCCAGCUGACCAGCAAGCAGAAGGAGAUGAUGCAGAACCAGCUGGAGAAAGAGUCUGGCAUCCGCAAGCGUUUGCAGGAGCUGGACGUGGAGCUGCAGUGUGCGGUCAGUCUGCUGGAGGCGGCUCUGGCCCGUCGUCCUCCGCUGAUCUGGAUGCAUCUGCCUGGAGUCCUGCAGGCUGUUCUGCCCCUCCUUCGGUCUCCUCUGGCUGCUCCCUGCGUCAAACAGGUCUUCCUGCACAUUGGCGUCACUCUCAUGCCUAAAGAACUGCACUACCUGGCGGUUCUCGUGGGUCAUGUGACCUUGCGUCAGCUGAAGCCAGAGUGUGAUUUGGAUCCUGCCUGGGCUCAAGAAGAUCUGAACACAGCGACACAACGAACCAUCUCACUGCUGCACACAAACACGGCACCUCAGAGAGACGGCAAGACCGGAUCAGGUGCAUUUGUCCUGUCAGCGCCUGCGUUCUCCUUCUGUUUCCCGCUGCUGCAGGCGGUGUUGAGUCAGAGCAGCGGAUCCUCAGAGGAGAGCGAGCUCAUGAUGACCCGCGCGCUACAGGUCAUCAACACACACGCGCAACUACGGGCCAAAUCCAACGACACGCUUGCAGACAAGAACGGCCCAGAGCUGCUGCCCAGAGUCAGUAUGCUGCUGCUCUUGACCAAAGUGAUCGGCACGUCCACCCCUCGUCUUCAGGUAGAGACUCACAUCCAGAUCACGCUCGCCGAACAGCCUGAGAUUGACGCUCUGCUGGAGGCUUUACUGUCUCCGUGCUUCUCUGUCAGAGACGCUGCGCUCAGGGGUCUGCUGGAGAUGGAGUUGGCGUUACCCACUGACGGCGCUGACGCCAACGGUCUGAAGAUGCUGAGGAGACUGUGGGUGGCCAAAUUUGAUGUGGAGGAGGAGGGCAGAGCUCUGGCAGAGAACUGCUUUCCAAACUCAGAACAACACAACAACACAAGUUCGUUUGAAAACGUGGAUCUGAUAAAUGGUUCAUCAGUUGGACUCCAGUGCGGUGCUCUGUUUGCGUUUGAGAUGCUGUGCAACAUGCUGGGGAAGUUGUUUGAGCCGUACGUGGUUCACGUCCUUCCUCACCUGCUGCUCUGUUUUGGUGAUGGGAACCAGUACGUCAGAGAGGCGGCGGAUGACUGCGCUAAGGCUGUGAUGAGGAAUCUGAGCGCUCACGGCGUGAAGCUGGUGCUGCCGUCUCUGCUGGUGGCUCUGGAGGAGGAGUCCUGGAGAACCAAAGCAGGGUCGGUGGAGUUGUUGGGUGCGAUGGCGUACUGCGCUCCUAAGCAGCUGUCCUCGUGUCUGCCGAACAUCGUUCCCAAACUGACGGAGGUUUUGACCGACUCUCAUGUGAAAGUGCAGAAAGCUGGUCAGCAAGCGCUCCGACAGAUCGGCUCUGUCAUCCGCAAUCCUGAGAUCCUGGCGAUCACCCCCAUCCUGCUGGACGCUUUGACCGACCCGUCUCAUAAGACGCAGCACUGCCUGCAAACGCUGCUGGACACAAAGUUUGUGCACUUCAUCGACGCUCCGUCUCUGGCUCUGAUCAUGCCCAUCGUCCAGAGAGCGUUUCAGGACCGUUCCACCGACACACGCAAGAUGGCUGCGCAGAUCAUCGGAAACAUGUACUCUCUCACUGAUCAGAAGGAUCUGUCUCCGUAUCUGCCCAGCGUGGUUCCAGGACUCAAAGCGUCUCUGUUGGACCCUGUGCCCGAGGUGCGGACCGUGUCAGCUAAGGCUCUGGGUGCUAUGGUGAAGGGAAUGGGUGAGUCCUGCUUCGACGAUCUGCUGCCAUGGCUCAUGGAGACGCUGGCGUCGGAGCAGAGCUCUGUGGACCGAUCCGGCGCCGCUCAAGGUCUGGCUGAGGUGAUGGCAGCGUUAGGUGUGGAGAAGCUGGAUAAACUGAUGCCAGACGUGGUUCAGACGGCCAGUAAGGUGGACAUCGCCUCUCACGUCCGAGACGGAUACAUCAUGAUGUUCAUCUACCUCCCUCUGACCUUUGGAGAAAAAUUCACCCCGUAUGUGGGUCCCAUCCUUCCCUGCAUCCUCAAGGCUCUGGCCGAUGAGAACGAGUACGUGCGAGACACGGCCCUGCGCGCCGGCCAGCGCAUCAUCAGCAUGUACGCCGAGACGGCCAUCGCUCUACUGCUGCCAGAGCUGGAGCAGGGCCUGUUUGACAACCUCUGGAGGAUCAGAUUCAGCUCGGUGCAGUUGCUAGGCGACCUGCUGUUCCAUAUCUCCGGGGUAACAGGAAAGAUGACAACAGAGACGGCAUCAGAGGAUGACAAUUUUGGCACGGCCCAGUCGAAUAAGGCCAUCAUUGGAGCGCUGGGUGCAGAGAGACGCAACCGUGUGCUUUCUGGGCUCUACAUGGGCCGCUCAGACAUACAGCUGGUGGUCAGACAGGCGUCUCUUCACGUGUGGAAGAUCGUGGUGUCGAACACGCCGCGAACGCUACGAGAAAUCCUGCCCACUCUCUUCACGCUGCUGCUGGGCUUCCUGGCCUCCACCUGCCCAGACAAGAGAACGAUCGCCGCUCGUACUUUAGGUGACCUGGUGAAGAAACUGGGUGAGAAGAUCCUGCCUGAAAUCAUUCCCAUCCUGGAGGAGGGUCUGCGCUCAGAUAAGAGCGACGAGAGGCAGGGCGUGUGUAUCGGCCUCAGCGAGAUCAUGAAGUCCACCAGCAAAGAAGCAGUUCUGGUGUUCUCCGAGUCUCUGGUUCCCACUGUGCGUAAGGCCCUGUGUGAUCCUCUGGAGGAGGUUCGUGAAGCGGCUGCCAAAACCUUCGAGCAGCUCCACACCACCAUCGGUCACCAGGCCCUCGACGACAUCCUGCCUAUGCUGCUCAAACAACUGGAUGAUGACGAGACGUCAGAGUUUGCUUUGGAUGGAUUGAAGCAGGUGAUGGCUGUGAAGAGUCGAUCUGUCCUGCCUUACCUGGUGCCUAAGCUGACGGCUCCUCCUGUAAACACGCGUGUCCUUGCCUUCCUGUCUGCGGUGGCGGGAGACGCUCUGACGCGACACCUCGGUGUGAUUUUACCCGCUCUGCUCUCCUCUCUCAAAAACAAGCUAGGCUCAGAGGAGUGCCUGCAGGAGCUGAGCAACUGUCAGACUGUGGUCCUCUCGGUGGAGGAUGAAGUGGGCCAGAGAAUCAUCAUUGAGGAUCUGCUGGAGGCCACGCGAGGAGCAGACGCUGGGCUGAGACAGGCGUCUGUCACCAUCCUCCACGGGUACUUCUCCCGAACACGGCUGGACUACAGCGCUCACACGCGCAGGCUGCUGUCUGGCCUCAUGCGGCUCAUGAACGACCCCAACCCUGAGGUGCUCAACCAGAGCUGGGACACCAUCAACUCCAUCACAAAGAAACUGGAUGCUGGCAGUCAGCUGUCCCUUAUUGAUGACCUGCACAGGGACAUCCGCUCUGCUGCCGCUGAUGUCAAAGGUCAACACUUACCUGGCUUCUGUCUGCCCAAGAAGUUGGAGAUGGUCAACAUCACCGGACCGCUCAUCCGUAUCCUAGGAGACCGUUUCGCUUGGACUGUGAAGACGGCUCUGCUGGAGACGCUCACUCUGCUGCUGGCCAAAGUGGGCAUCGCUCUGAAACCCUUCCUGCCGCAGCUCCAGACCACCUUCCUGAAGGCCCUCCAGGACUCCAGCCGGGCCGUGAGGCUGCGGGCGGCAGAGUCUCUGGGUCAGCUGGUCUCCAUACACUCUAAAGUAGAUCCACUGUUCACUGAACAACUGUCGGCCAUACACAACGCAGAGGAUUCUGGAGUCAGGGAGACGAUGUUACAGGCCCUGCGCUUCGUCAUCCAGGGUGCAGGGGCAAAGGUCGACCCCUCCAUCAGGAAGAACAUCACCACCACACUGCUGGGCAUGCUGGGACAUGAUGAGGAUGCCACAAGAAUGGCCUCAGCAGGCUGUGUUGGCGAGCUGUGUGCCUUCCUGUCAGAAGAGGAGCUCAAGAGUGUGUUACAGCAGCAUGUCCUCGCGGAUGUGUCUGGUGUGGACUGGAUGGUGCGUCACGGCCGUAGUUUGGCUCUGGCUAUCGCAGUGAAGUCCGCUCCUGAUCAGCUAUGUUCGGAGGAGUACAGCUCGUCUGUGCUGGAGGCCGUCUUAUCUAGUGCCACCGCAGACAGAAUCCCCAUCGCCUGCAGCGGCAUCAGAGGCAUGGGUUACCUGAUGAGACACCAGCUCCACACAGGAGGACCGGAGAGCAUCUCGCCCCGAGUCAUCACACAGUUCGUCAAGUGUCUGCAGAACCAGUCGAGUGACAUUCGUCUGGUGACGGAGCGCGUGCUGUGGUGGGUGUGUAAGGAGGCGGAGACUCCCGCGCUGGAGCCCAAUCUGGUCAAACCGGUCAUCAAAGCCCUGCUGGACAACACCAAGGACAAGAACACCAGCGUCCGAGCGCAGAGCGAACACACGCUCGUCAGCCUGCUGCAGCUGCGCCGGGGAGAAGACGGCAUGCAGAGCAUCAGUGCGAUCCUGGACUCGGCCAGUAACGAGCUGCUGUCAGAAUGUUACCGCAGAUCCUUGAAGAAGAUCUCCAGCCUUCCCGACUCCAACGAAGAGAUCGAUGACACCAUCCUGACAUGAUGGACAGCCUCAGCUGCUCUGAAUCCAGUGCUGUAGCCGCUGAUGUUCUCCGAGAUCCUGCAUCAGUCAGUCCUACACACACACACACUCUCCUCACUAGCUUUGACUCUUCAUGUCAUCUACACCACAAGGAAAGCCUGGGAAAGUAUAUAUUGUGCUGAGCCACUGAAAUCAUCAUCUAAAAGCUGCAUUUUCCUCAAUUGGCUGUUAAUUUGUAAAUGUAUAUUUUUCGUUUGGUUUUCUUCUGAAAGAUGAAGUAUUAAUUUGUGCCAAUUCUUUUCCAGCACUGAUGUUCUGCUGCCCUUUUAUAUUUCGUUUGGAUGGUGAGCAGUUUCUCGCUGUUGUGAUUGAUUUCUCUCUGUGUGUGUGAGAGACACGUGAGCCAUUAACAACCCAAAGGAUGUGAUGCUGAUUUUUCCAGUUAGCACUGUGUCCACUAAUAAUGGUUGUAUGAAUAAAUAGAAAAUGAAAACUUUGAUUUAAUAAACGGUUUGACUUAAAGAAAUUACAUUUAUGUUUGUUU